AUAUAAAUUCACCAAUUUGUCGAGAACGGUGGUCAGAGAAUUUGUGAUCUUCGUGGUGCGUGGACCUGUGCGCGGAUUUUACUUUUAAUUUGUGAUUUAAUAAGAUAGGACUAAACUGUUAAAGAUGGUGGAUGAAAACGUGAUCCGUACACGAUCCUCGGGAAUUUCUGCUGAAGGUGUUAAAGAUCAGUAUGCCGAUGGGAAGGCGGCCAAAGUUUGGGAGAUCUUCAUCGGUGACAAGAGAUCCCGCACAGAUAACUACAGAAACUUCCUUGUGAACUUACUAAAACAGCAUGGCUGCAAAAGGAUCCUCGAUGUUGCCUGUGGAACUGGUGUGGAUUCCAUUCUUUUGGUUGAAGAGGGAUUUGAGGUUGUUUCUGCGGAUAUCUCCGACAAAAUGCUCAAAUAUGCUCUUCAGGAGCGCUGGGAACGUCGCAAGGAGAAGGCUUUCGAUGACUGGGUGAUCGAAGAAGCAAACUGGCUCACCGUUGCUCAAGAUCUUGGCCAUUUGAUUGGCGAUGGAUUCGAUGCUGUUAUCUGCUUAGGGAACUCCUUUGCCCACAUGACGGAUUCCUACGGCGAUCAACGUGAUCAAAAGUUGGCAAUUGCAAAUUUUGAGCGAUGCGUCAAACCCGGUGGACUGUUGCUGAUUGAUCAUCGCAACUACGACAACAUCCUCAAGACUGGCAGUACUCCCUCCAAGUGCAUCUACUACAAUAAUCAGCACAUGUCUGACAUUAAGACCUCCGUGCUGUACGUGAGUGGGAAGCCAUCGCAGGUCAUUCUGGAUUAUUCAAUCAGCAAUGGGAAUGAGACGAGUGAAUUCCGUCUCUCCUACUACCCGCACAAGUUGGAAAUCUUCAAGCGAAUGCUGGAGGAGGUUUUCGGCAAGAAGGCCAAGUACAACAUCUACGGGGACUUUAAGCUUCUCACCGAAGUCCAAAAUCCCGGAUUCUACAUUCAUGUUGUCCAGAAAGCCGAAUGAUUUGACGACCUUCAUGUUUUAAUAUAAAAUAAAUGUUCAUUAUGGAGUUUAUGCAA